CCCAUUAAAGAAGAAGAUAGUAAAGGCGUUCGUAUGCCCGACGCUGUCUUCCGCUUCCCACAUUAAAUAAAUGAAUUAAUAAGGUUGAUGGUCCUGCUGAAGAAGGUGGAGGUGAAGUGGCAUUUUCGAUAAUGUCAUCAGCAGCGAGGGUAAUUUGGCUCCGAGAUGAUAAAGUGAAAUUUGAAACGAGUGGCCGUUUGAACCUUUCUGAGAGCUUCCAACUUCAAAUCAAGCCCCCAACUUCAAUGCAAAUAAAAAAAACACCUCUUUUGCAUUUAAAUCUCUUUAGUCUCUUCACUGCAACAGAGUAAAGGGAUAACAGAGAGAGAGAGAGAUGGCAGGGAUGGUAAUGGUAACAAAGGGUGGUGGGUGUAGAGGAGAUGGCGAAACCAGAGGAGCUAGAAGAACACAAGAGCAAAAUGAGCAAAAUCAGAUCUCUGUGGUGGCUGUUCUCUUAGCGGCUCUGCGGAAGUCCAUGGUGUCCUGCCGCGUUGAUCGACCGGACGACGUCAUGUCAACUGUUCAAAACAUGGAAAUCGGGUGGCCCACGAAUGUGCGCCACAUUACCCAUGUGACCUUCGACCGCUUCAAUGGCUUCCUUGGUCUUCCUGUUGAGUUCGAGGUCGAGAUUCCGUGCAGAGUUCCAAGCGCCAGCGCUAGUGUAUUUGGCGUCUCAGCAGAAUCAAUGCAGUGUUCUUACGAUUCAAAAGGGAACAGUGUCCCUACCAUUCUUUUAUUAAUGCAGGAGCGGUUGUAUUCACAAGGAGGCUUAAAGGCGGAAGGGAUUUUCCGUAUAAACCCAGAGAACAGCCAAGAGGAACAAGUAAGGGACCGGCUCAACAGAGGCAUUGUGCCUGCUGACAUUGAUGUUCACUGUUUGGCGGGUCUAAUCAAAGCUUGGUUUCGAGAGCUUCCUUCAGGUGUGCUUGAUGGACUUUCACCCGAACAAGUUCUCCAAUGCAACACCGAAGAAGAAUCAGUUGAGCUUGUCAAGCAAUUACAGCCCAUGGAGGCUGCCUUGCUCAGCUGGGCUAUUGAUCUUAUGGCUGAUGUUGUUGACCAAGAAAAGUUUAAUAAAAUGAAUGCAAGAAAUAUAGCAAUGGUUUUUGCUCCAAACAUGACUCAGAUGUCUGAUCCUCUAACGGCUCUGAUGCAUGCUGUUCAAGUGAUGAACUUGCUAAAGACCCUUAUUAUGAAAACAUUGAGAGAACGAGUAGAGAAUGCAACUGGAGGAUAUUCACCUUCAUCUUCUCAUUCAUACAGUCAUCAAACUGAUGAGGAUUUUGACAGCCAGCAAGAGAUGGAUACAAGCGGUGAAUUGAGAGGGCCGAUAUCGGAUUGUGAUCAUGACCAUUACAACCAUAGCAGUGAAGGUGAAGAUGAGGCUGAUUCAUUAAAUGAAAUAGAAGAAUGUUUCUUGAGACGGUUGGAUGAGAAUGAAAAUGUCAUGAAUUGUUCCCCCCAAGUCCAACAAUCAGAAAGAGGUUUACAAAGAGAGCAUGUUAGUCCCAGUAAUUGUUCUGGAGUUAAUGGGGAGUCAACAGUUUCGUUCACCGAUAGCAAAAAUGAGAGUUCUGGUUCAAGUAUGAGUGAUGGAGAAGGCUCAGAGUUGAAUCUUGCUGCUUGGAGACAAAAGGCCGACACAAAGAGUCCAUCCAUUGGCUGCAAGGACACCAAUGAUGCGGAGAUGGUGGACAAAUUGGCUGAGUCUCCUCCCAUGCCUUUGGUGGUGUCUAACAUGUCUUCUGAUUGAGGUUACAUUUCCAGUGUUCGGGAUGCCCUUUGGAAAUUUUCCCUCUAAUCAUGGUUUCUGUAGAUUGAUAUGGCAUUGCGUGAUCAGUGUUUGGUUUGGUCAAGCAUAGGGUUGUGUUUGCUUGUACUUGAAGUGGAUUGAGGGAAUCUCAAGGUUCAGCUCGGGGCUGAACUUUUACUUGUCCUGUAUGUUUCUUUGACCAUUAGAUUGGCAUGGGUUGGGUUUCAAAGUGUAGUCUUGAGAGUUUGUUCUCCCUUGGAAUGUAAUUGUGCUUGCUUUGUAUGCUUGAUUUAUGCUAUGUUAAAAAAGAUUGAAAUAUAUUUCUCUUUAAGUUGAUUAA